AAGAAAGCCCUUCGCAUGCACACGACAAACGCGGCCUACAUCAAGGAAGCUUUUGAGUCCGUGAUAAGAGCUCUGGAUCUGCGCUGCGAAGCCACCGAGCGCGAAAUGGACCUCGAGAAGACUUUAAGCGCACAGAGCCUGAAGGCGCUGGACGGGGACUGCCAGGUGAUGCUGCGGUACCUGAACGCGAAGGCGCUGCAGCUGCAGCAGCUGCAGCAGCUCGGCAGCAGCAGCAGCGUUGCAUGCAGCAGCAUCGGCCCCACAUUUGAGGCUUUGGAAGAAAAGACAGAUUUGCUGCCAGACAUGCGAGAGCGGCUGCGAGUCCCUCACUGGAAACUGCGAGUUUUGGAAAUGGAUUCUCUUCUUUCCGAAAGACAAAAUGCACUGCUGGACCUUUCAAACCGCGUGGGUCUUUUCUGCGAAAAAAUAACUGCAGCAGCAAAUUCGUUUUUGGCGCUGCAGCUGCCGCUGCAGGGGCCCCCCGCGCAGCACAGGGAGGUGGAUGCGCUGCAGCAGCAGCUGCUGCUGCAGCAGCAGCAGCAGCAGCAGGAGGAAGAGCAACCGCCCGUCAUCUACAACAAAGGCCUCAACCCCUACGGGGAACUCUUCCUCAAGAAACGGUUUACGGAUGCUGCUGCGUCUGCUGCGCUCUCUGCAGCCCCCGACAAGUACCAGGCGUUUGUUAGAAAGGACCCGCUGCACCUGGAGUGGGAAGUGCGGGUGGUUUCUCUUCGGGGCCCUUAUCUGUGCGUGCAUGCAUCUGAAGAAGAUCCAUUUGCUGCUGUUGAGACAGCUUUAUUUCUGGACAGCAGCUGCUACGCGCGAACGUUUGCUGCUGCUGCUGCUUCGGCGCUUGCUGCUGCUGCUGCAGCAGACUACCCGCACGGGCUGGAGGUCCUCGACGUGGACAUACACCGCAAAGAGCUGCGCAGCUUCCUGCUGCUGGCAGCAGACGGAGAAGCCUUAGCAGCAGAAUGGGUGGCAGCAAUAGAAGAGCUUUGCAUGCAAAACUGUGGGGCCCCACACCCCACAACUCCUGGAUACGAUCCCAGCUCCUCCCCGCAGCAGCUGCAUCUCGAAGCAGCAAACUUGAACUUUCCUGUUGCAUGCAGACGCAAGGCCGCGCUGCUGCCAGCAGAGCUGCAGGGGGAGCAGCAGCAGCAGGAGGGCUCCUCUGCCUACAGCAGCAGCAGCAGCAGCCGCAGCGACAGCGCCCGCAGCAGCCGCGUGCCCAGCAGCAGGAGCAGCAGCAGCAGCAGUAGCAGCAGAUACGGGAGAGACAGAGACUCCGCGUCUCAAAGAAGCUUCCCAAGAGAGAGACACAGAAGCAGCAGAAGCAGCAGAAGCAGCAAAAGAGAAAAAAGAGAAACUUCUGGCAGCAGAUCCCGAAGCAACUCUUCGCGCUCUGGCUCGGAAGCCAGCUCGGACGAAGCAGCAGCAGCAGCAGCAGCAGCAGCUCUCGAGGCCCUCACCUCCCCACAAAGACCUAUUUUUAGAAGAGAAGAAACAAAUGAAUUAGAAAGCAAAACUUUCCAACUGGGGGCCCUUUAUGAAAGGCGCAUGCGCAGGGCAGCCCACAGGGCCCACAGCCCAGCAGCAGCAGCAGCAGCAGCAGCAGCAGGCAGCAGCAGCAGACGCAGGCCGGACGCAGCAGAUCGACGGAGCAGACAGCCGCAGCCGCCGCCAGCAGAACCCCCGCAGAGAGCAGCAGCAGCAAAGCCAGAAGCAGCAGCAGCAGCAGCAGCACCAGCAGCAGCAGCACCAGCAUCAGCAGCAGCAGCAGCAGAAUCAGAAACGGAAGAUGCAAACCCUUCCCUCAAAACAAUGCGCACAGGCAUUCGGCAGCAAGCGGUGCUGAGCCGCAUCAAAGCCUUUGAGGCUAAAGCAGGUGGAACUGCUACUGCUGCUGCUGCUGCUCCCCCUGUCAAGCUGCAGCAGCAGCAGCAGCACAGCAGCAGUCCACCACACAGUACAUUCCGUUCCCUUCCAGAGAUAGACACGCUGGACUUUGCGCUUGUGCCUGAAACUCAACUGACGUACUGCAGCAGGAGCAGCAGAGGCAGCAGGAAGAUCAGCAGCAGGAGCAGCAGGAAUGUCAGCAGCAGCAGCCGAAAGGGCAGCAGCAGAAGCAAAAGCAGCAGAAACGUCAGCAGCAGCAGCCGAAAGGGCAGCAGCAGCAGCAGACGCAGCAGCGGCAGCAGGCAUGACCGUUACUCGACCGCUUCCGCCUACAUUGCCGAAGGAAGCAGCAAGCGAGGAAGCAGCAAGAAAGCGAGCAGCCGCAGCAGCAGCAGCAGCAGCUGCAGCAGCAGCAGCAGCAGCAGGCGAUUCAAACGAGAACCUGAACUGGGGAACUCUCCACCCGCAAGGCGGGGCCAGGGGCAUGAAGGAGGCAGCGGCUCUCCGUGGCCCUCUCCGCACAGCACUGCUGCUGUUGCUGCUGCUGCUGCUGCUGCUGCUGCUGCAAGCAAGGCCACUUUUGGACGGCUCCGAGCUGCAAAGACACCAGCCCCCUCUAGCUACAACAAACUCAAAGAAGUCGAGCGGCCGCGCUGA